ACCAGUAUUAACGUCGGGCCAAGGGUUACCUACUCUGGCAAGUCCGACGGGGGUCCUGUGAUUCGAGCGCUUGAUGAUUCAGACAGCUUUGAUGAUGAUAUCUUUUACAGCAAUUGGCUACCGCCUCGUGUUUCUAUCGCGUGUUUCUUGUCCUGCUAAUAAUCAAAAAUCCUUUUUCAGUCUGGCAUGACUCUUUCCCUCAUACUCUAAUCCCAAGCCCUCCGUUAUUUCAGCCAUGCUUCUCUCUCCAGCGUAAGAAAGCAUCACUGAUCUCCCAUAUUAUCACCCUUCAAAUGUUUUCACGCAGAUCAACCAGUGCAAGUCUCCCCUCCCAAUCUUUCUGGGGAAAGUUCAAGAAAAAAGGUGACAAGGAGAGCGAGUUCCGCGAGAGGCAAGCCCAAAUGGCGCUUGCACGACAGCGCCUCCUCACUCUCGCCUACGAGGACAUGGAGACAGUCAGAGUGCUGCCCAAUAGUUUCCCCGAACUCGAAGCGGUGGCAAGAGAUUGGACAAAGCCUCCCCCAGAUGCCAUCUUCGGCCUGCGUGUUCCCGUCGAAUUCGCAUCCCUUCAUGCCUCUCGGCUGGUUUCCGGGCCUUAUAUCUAUUUGACUGGUGAGGACUCAUAUCAGAUUGCGAUAAUGGGCGUGCAGGGGCUGCGGGUGGAGAUUGUAAGCGACGCCCCCCCGCCACCUGAUGAACCUCCGCCACCGCCUCCCCCGCCGGUCACGGAGAUGCCUGCCACGUUUAACCUUGAGCUCGUACCUGGCCAACAUGUGGCCCUAGAAACAACAGUCACUUCUGCGGACGACGUUGACAUGGCUCGCAUGGAAGACGGCACCGUUGUCGAUGGCCAGUUCUGGGGCAAGCUGAAUAUAGUGCACUCCGGCGACACCCACUCUGUCGACUUCUCAGGUACACGUAUAAUCAACCCUGACAUCCCACCCGACCUCCUCUUCGAUGCGCGGGUCAUGACUAAGCUCACGACCGCCGCUAAACCUGCUUCUGUCAAGUGUCACCUCAGCAUCCUUUCACCCGCCCAGCAGUAUUGCGAUGUCAUUCUCUCCAUCAACCCGCUAUGGAGGCUUGAACUUACAUGGCCUCCUGCCCAGCCAGUUAACGAAACCAAAGUGAAGUAUUUUUUGCGUGUUCACCCUGGUGGUGCGCUCGAGCAUUUUGAGAGUGAGAUGGUUACGACGUCGUUAUAUUACGAAGCUGUACCCGACCCAGCGAUGGUCGACCCUAAUGACUUUAUUGCGCCCCGAAACGGAUACGCUAUGACGUUCCGAGAUUUUGUGCCCCACCUUAUGAGCGUCCUAGAUCAGCUGGGCAUGUCUAUGCAUGCGCGAACUAACUUCAUCAACAAUAACAUCUCCGCAUUUGCAGCCCACAAAAACAUUGCCUAUCGCUUCCUCUCGCCCUCGAAGAUAGCCGCAGCAAUUGACAUCUCAGUUACCUCUGAUCCCUGCAUCUUUACGCGCCUAUUUCUCAUCUUCCGCGGGCUAACGGACGAUGAUGUGGGCCUGUUUGCAGGUGCAGGCGAGAAGGAGGCGAAUUCGGUCAACUGGAGGGAGAUUGUGGGGUGGAGUGAGAAUUCGAAGGACACGACCCAAUUUAGGCUGCUCGAAACUUCCGUAUUUGAGGUCACGUAGGCUCUGGGCUGAGGUGGGCAGCCGGUAUUCUUGCCUCCAGACGCGUCCCUUCUUUCACUCGGGAUUCCUUGUUACUCGUCACCGACUAGCAUUCUUCUUUUUCUGCUUUGUGACACCCACCUUAUUGAUUCGUCUCUGCAUUUGAUAUCCUAGAACAUUGUCGGGCUUUAUCAUUGCUGUCCUGCACAUGCCUUCUUGUCACGUCUGCAGCUAUUAUAUCUAUUUGAUAUCAAUAUCUGUUCUUUCUGCACAACUUUAUAUCUCCCUGGUCUUACGUCAUUUUGACACUGGUUUACCUGCAUGUCUUUUAGUGAUUCCUCUUCCUUCAUGAUCAUGUUGUAUCCGCAGUUUCUGUACCGUACUAGCGAAAAUGUAAAGGGACGAAUGAUAUUAUUUGUA